AAACCGUUUGGUAGAUAGACCUUGGGGGGUAGUAGGAACACUACAAGGAAGGAACAUGUCUUUAAGACUUCGUCUGUUCUUCCUUACGAUGCCGACGCGAAUUCUGGAGCCUGGGAAAGAGAGUUGGCCCUAGAUUGGACUCCGUGAUGUGAUUAGAGGGUUUGCAAGGUGUCACAACUCUUGACAAAUUUGCUGUUGGGCACAGAAGACGAAGGACUUUCUAGGAAGGACGAAGGCAAUUCUUUAACAGAGAAAGACGAGACACUGCCGUACCAUGGUGUGUAUGUGGAUAGACAAGCGGGUUCGUAAGGGCUUCAAACACUGGGGAGUCCUGGUAGCCAGGCGGCCAGAGACUGGCAUUUUCAUCCCCAUAAUCGCCACAGUAUUACUGGGUUAUUUCGGACUGAUUCAGGUCGCCGUCGAGGACAACUUCGACGCUUUGUUUACCCCAAGCAAUGGCCAAACUCAACAGGAUGUGGCAAGGCUCCAAACACUGGGAUUCGAACCCUCAGACCUUACACUCCAGGCGGCCGCGAGGGUUAUCGUACAAGCGAGCGACGGUGGGAACGUGCUACGCGAAAACGUCCUACAAGAAGUCUUACGUCUACACGACAUGGCGUCAAACGUGAGUAACAACAAGGGAGAGAAUUUUACGACGCUCUGCCGCAAUUCGUCCACAGACGGGACGUGUUACGGCAACAAUGUGGUGAGGCUAUUGAUUACAAAUGGCAGUUCCAUAUUGUAUUACCUGAGAUACCCUUACAACGGGGCUGACGAUAGUAACAAUUCGUCCGGACAGUACAUAGGAGAUGAGUUAGGUGGAGUGUGGCUCCGGUCCGACGAAGUCACCGUACGAGAAGCUAAGGCACUGCAGCUGUCGUACCACUUGAAGGCGCCAGGGGGCCAAUGGACUGAGAACUUUCGACAGGCCAUAGAAAGUUUCACGUCUGAUAACAUCACAGUCACCUACCUGACUGCCGCGUCACUCAGCACGGAACUCGCGGGAAUGCCGGGAAGACUCCUACCAUAUUUGGGAGGUUGUGCAGGGAUGGUGGCUCUGUAUUCUGUCUUGUCAUGCAUGAUGGUGGACUGUGUUCGGUCCGAGCCGUGGCUGGGCCUUAUGGGAUCGCUGACGUCACUCAUGGCUCUGACGUCAGCAGUGGGCCUCCUGCAGCUCUGCGGACAGAAGUUGAGCAUCCUUGAAAUGGCCGCCAUUUUUAUUUUGACAGGCAGCAAAGUCGGUAACACCUACACGUUGCUGUGGGCAUGGCGAAGGACAGACCCGACCCUCUCCGUCCGUCAUCGCAUGGGCGCAGCCAUGGCAGACGCCGCGGGCCCCAUGACCAUUGGCUCCCUGAUCGACUACGUCACGUACGCCGUUGGCAUGGCAACGUCGUUCCCCGCGGUUAGAUCGUUCUGUGUCCUCGCCUUGACCUCUGCGGCGUUCUGCGGCGUGUACCAGCUUAUGUUCUUCGCGGCUUUCCUGGCGUUGUCGGGACACAGAGAAGACGGGAACCGACACUGUCUGACCUGCGUUCGCGUUAGAACCUCCUCACAAUCGUCCUGCUACGCCCUGUGUUGUGCCGGGGACGGGAUGCCGUCGGCACAAGUCGAGAAGCGGCUGUCGGUAAUGCGUAACGCUACAAAAGAGGACAUGCAGAACCCAUUACUGCUGAAACCGUCCAAGGUGAUACCUCGAGUGAAAAACGCGUCCCUGCAUUCGGCCUCGACUUUCCCGCUCUACCAAAACCAAACGGAACAAACAGACUCACCACAAAACCCCGCGAAUAACCAAACAGCAGACCCUUUUCUCGCGGACUUUUUCUCCUCCUACUUCGGACAAUGGCUGAAGAAUCCAUGGAUGAAGUUCGUCAUCGUUCUAGUCUACCUAGCCUACCUAGGCGCUGCGAUACGGGGAUGUGUUCUUGUUGCACCAGGGUUGAACCAUAACAAUCUUGCCGCCGAUGAUUCGCAUAUCUCCCUUUUCGCCACCCAAGAGACUGAGUAUUUCUCCCAGUACGGACCGAGGAUAGACCUAGUCGUAAGGAACAGAGGAAGCCUUUCAGAGCAAGAGGUCCGAGAUGAGGUCGAAGCGAAGCUCCAAUCGUUCAAGCAAAGUUCGCUCUUUCACAACACUUACGACGCUUGGCUACGCAGUUACACAGAAACUUCACGAGUGACGGUUUUAGCAAAGGAAGCCAGCACAAAUUCGCGCCAAAGAGAAAUUAUGACAGAAGCUCGUCGGAUCGCGGCGACAGGGGGCGUAGAGAUGGUAGCGUACGCUCCUCAGUUUGCCCUCUAUGAGCAGUCAACAACAGUACUUCCCGAAGCUGCUAUGCUGAUAGGCAUUGCAGCUGCCGUCAUCUAUGGUGCUACGUUUCUCCUUAUCCCCCAUUGGACGGGAGGAUUCGUUGUCGUCAUUUCCGGCGCGUCCGUCAUGGUGGGGGUCAUAGGGUACAUGGCAUUCUGGGAUGUCAAGUUCGACGUCGUGUCGACAGCCGCCAUCUUGGCAAGCGUCGCCAUGGCAACAGACCUCCCGGCUCACGUGACGUACGCUUACGUGCUGGCUCUCCGGACUUCGAAACCCAACAACCGCGUUGUAGCGGCAAUGCAUGCUGCAGGCAUGCCGAUGGCCCAGCCGGCCGUCGCGACCAUUCUUAGCGUGGUUCUCCUAGCAGUCUUUCCCGCCGAAACGUACCGCAUCUUCUUCAGGAUAAUUCUCCUUACCGCGCUGUUUAGCACCGCGCACAGCUUCUUCUUUCUACCCGUUCUUCUCAGCUUCAUGAGCCCGUGUUUUCCAGAUAACACGAACUCGCACCGCAAGAAGGCGGGCUCUCCUUCGGAAGGAGGUAGGACCAACGCCGACGAGUCCGGCGUAAGCGCCCCUUGGCAGGAGCACCUCGACCAACUCGACAAACACAUCUCUCUCUGGGAGCAGACCGAGUUCCGCUCGACCAUCAGCGACGCGACCCCCUCAGCUAUAGGCAGCCGCAUGCUGUCGACUUUCUCUUCCCUUUCGACUUCCCCCACGGCAGAUUCGCUGUAUCGUGGGAGGGGAGAAAGACAGAACAAUCGCAAGGCGCCACAGAGGUCGAACUCUAUGUUCGAGGGGCCGCGGACUUCUCUAGAUCUGUCUCUCUUCGAGACCAGGCAACGGGAGCAAAUCCGUCGAAUGUCUUCCCGUGACGUCAUCAUGCCGUCGGCGAGGCUGGCCAAUCAGCAGCAGCAAGAGAGGAGUGUCACCGACGGGCCGCACCAAUCGCGUCGCUUGUACAAGUACGGAAAGAAAGAAGCGCAGGACUCGAUGCGUUACAGACUGGUCUUUCCGCACGAAGAUUACUAUCGUCAGGCGACGCGAAACGGAAACCCCGUCGUCGUGCAUCGUCGGGAAGGUUCGGGCGAGUCGGCGUCCCGGCCGAAGUUUCCCGAAGAUGCCCCCGAACGUUCCCGAGCGUGGCUUCACAAGCAGGACUCGCGAAUUUCCGUCAUAUCGAACCCGCGUUCGGUGUCGUCCAUAGAAGAGGAACUGAUCACACCCAGGGCGGUUGUAGGGCACCCGCUACCCGGCAUGCCCAAACGAAACUCUCGCCUGUCACGCGAACCUUCGCGAGAUUUCUCUUCACCGCGAGAUCACGAACACAUGCCUCGUCCAGAAAUGAAAACUCGAGACGCCCGCAUGUCUCUACCAGCGAUCUCACAGUUGCCAGACCCAGUACCUGGUCAGCAACAAGAACAAAGACGAUCCAUUGACCACCCCAACACUGAGAUUCGCUACUCAGGAGACAAGAAACAGAAGAUCCCAAAUAAACUGCUAAAUGCAGAAAUGAAGGCAUGGAUUGGGUGGGUCAUGGAUCUAAAGCGUCAGGACAUGGAGGUCUCUAUAAUCUAAGAAACAUACAAGCUUUUAGCCUUAUAGAUUUACUGACGAAAUUUGCUAAAGAUGUCU